ACUUCGAUUCCAGAAAAUCACACCUUUUCGGCUUUUCUCCUAAUCUACCCAAUUAGGGUUUGAAAUGUUGUAGGCACAAUGGAGGUCUUCGAACCAUUUCCCAUACCAAAUCUUUAUAAUGAUAAUAUAAACCCUCAGUUAGGGUUACAAUCUCUUCCAUCCAAAUCUGAUUUCGAUCCUUCAUCGUCUGAUCUUCAUCCCACGGCAGGCCUCGUGGAAGAGUGUCGGAAUCUGGAGAAUCUGGAUUUGGGAGAGUCAGAAGAGAAGAGUUCAAAUCUAGGAGAGGAGGAAGAACAGAGUGACAGUUUUGAUGAUAAUAAGAAUAAAAGUGGAGUUGAGAAUGAGAAUGGAUAUCAAAUGAUAAAAAAGUACCCAUACCCUGUUAGGCCAGAUGCAGAAGAUUGCGUGUAUUAUAUCAAGUAUGGAAGUUGCAAAUUUGGAUCUAAUUGCAAGUUUAAUCAUCCUGCUCGCAGAAAAAGCCAGGGUGCUCAAGAGAAGGUGAAGGAAAGGGAGGAGUUAGUGGAGAAGCCGGGAGGCCCAGGACAGAGCCAGAUAGCAUGCAAGUAUUACCUGAAGACAGGAGGUUGUAAAUUUGGGAAGGCAUGCAGAUACAGUCACACAAGAGCAAAAUCACCAGUUGUCCCAAUUUUUGAGCUCAAUUUUCUGGGUCUGCCUAUUCGGCCGGGAGAGAAAGAGUGCCCCUAUUACAUGCGUAAUGGCUCCUGCAAGUAUGGAUCUAAUUGCAGAUAUAAUCAUCCUGAUCCCACUGCUGUAGGUGGCUCUGACUCUCCUUCAGGAUAUGGUAAUGGUGGAUCCAUCUCAUCUCAAGCAAGCCUAGGAUCCUGGUCAUCACCAAGGGCUUUAAAUGAGACUGCACCCUUUGUGCAAAUGAUAUUUCCACCAAGCCAAGCGGCUGCAUCAAAAAAUACCGAAUGGAAUGGGUAUCAGGGUCCUCUAUAUUCACCAGAAAGGAGUAUAAAUCCAAUGCCUGCAUAUGCCAUGAAACCCCUGGUGAUAGAAAACAAUGUGUAUACACAUCAACCGCAACAGCAACAGAUGCUAGUUGAUGAAUUUCCAGAACGACCUGGACAACCAGACUGCAGUUACUUCUUAAAAACUGGGGACUGUAAAUUUAAAUCCAACUGCAAAUAUCAUCAUCCUAAGAAUUGUAUCUCAAGGUCACUGCCAUGUGCUCUCAACGAUAAGGGUUUACCACUGAGACCUGAUAAAAAUAUCUGUUCACAUUACAGCCGCAAUGGCAUUUGCAAGUUUGGGCCUGCUUGCAAAUUUGACCAUCCAGUACAGCCGGUUGCUUCAUUAACUGAUUCUGGACUCAAUUCCCUUACACACUUUGGCAAUUCUGCAACAUUGGAAGAGUCAGGAAUGGCUGGAAAUGGAAAUGAUAGAUAAAAUCAUCAGGCAGUUAUAACAUUUUUGCUUAAAGGUUAGUGUUUAGGAUUCACACGUCUGAGGAUUUUAGUUCUCUCUGACAUGAUAAAUUCUGAUUAACCAAUUUUAGUUAUGCUGCCACACGCGGCACUGAGGUAUAUUUAUCAUGUUGUGUCACAAAAACCAAAGCGAAUAAGGAUACAUAAAUUAUCUCU